ACUGCAAAAAUGGGAUUGAGGAAAUCAAAGCCACAGCCCAUACCAGACUUUGAUAGACCAUGGAGGGACAUGGACUGGAAUGAAAAGGAAAACUUGGAAGCCAAGUUAAGACACAUUCAGCUGAACCAUCCAGAGCUCAGACGUGUCAGAAUCCUGCUACAUGGACCAGUAGGAGCAGGAAAAUCCUGCUUCAUAAACUCAGUGCAAAGCGUCUUCCAUGGAGAGAUUAAAACCAGGGCAUUCGAACAAUCAAAUGCUAAAAAAAGCUGCACAAAAACGUACAAAGCCUACACCACUACCAACAGGAAUUCUGAGACUCUGCCAUUUGUCUUCAAUGAUAUUAUGGGCCUGGAACAAAAUGACGAAGAUGGAAUUCAUCCUGAUGAUGUUGUUAAUGCAUUGCUGGGCCAUAUAAAAGAUGGCUACAAGUUUAAUCCUGCUUCUCCCCUGAGUGAUGAAGACGCAGGCUACAUAAGAGAACCUAGUCUGAAGGACAAAGUUCACUGUCUAGUGAGUGUUGUGCCUGCAGGCUCCAUCUCACAAAUGGACAUCGGUGUCAUCAACAAGAUGGAAGUCGUUAGGAAGAAAGCCAUUAGCCUGGGCAUCCCUCAUGUGGUUGUUAUGACGAAGGUCGAUGACGACGUCUGUCCACUGGUCAACAAAGACCUAAAACAGAUCUACAGAAGCAGGAAAAUCAAAGAAAAGAUGCAGAUCUGCAGCAACAUACUUGGUCCACCCAUGAAAUGCAUCUUCCCCGUGAGCAACUAUCAUGAGGAAAAUAACAUGAACGACACCAAAGAUGUUCUCAUCCUAGCAGCAUUACUGCAGAUUGUUAAAUUUGCUAAAGAUUAUGUUGAAGAAUAUCACGUAACACAUGAGUAA